CUGCCAGCCAAAGUAACCACGCAAAUCCUCUGUGUUAGGGUUUCCCAAUUAAAAAAAAAAAUGAAACAUUCACCAUUAAAACCAUUUCCAAGUUUUAACUUUAUUCAGUCUUUAACCGAGGAGCCGAGAGGAAAGCUACAAUGGAACCAUCAAUCAGCAAACAUGGACCAACACCAAAUACUUGCAGACUCUUUCAACUCCCUCACCCUAUAAUUUUGGACAUUCUCUCAAGGCUUCCCAUCAUUGACAUUCUCCAUUGCAGGUGCGUUUGCAAGAGAUUCCUUUGUUUCAUUUCUGAAGCUGAAUUUGCAUGGCUCCACCUUUCAAGAUCACCCCUUUGCAUUUUAAUCAACUCUAGGCCAUUCCAAAAAUCUCGAAAGAAACUCCAGUUAUCACAUGUUGAUGCCAAGGGUGAAGGUUUCCAGGUCUCGCAACUCAACUUUACACCCAUAUCUAAUGUACCCACUUGGGAUAUUUCUGAUAUAAGUGCUUGCAAUGGUUUACUUUGUUUAGUUGGACCCAAAAAAGGUGAUCCCUUCUACGUCUGUAACCCAAUUUUGGGUGAAUUUUUCACUAUUCAACAACCUUAUAAAGAUAGUCUAAGAGAUAGGUGUUGGGGGCUUGGUUAUUCAACUGUUACUAAUCAAUACAAACUUUUGCAAAGCUAUUUUCCGACAGUUGAAUCGACUGGAAAAACGGCUCGAAUAUAUACGGUUGGGACUGGUACAUGGAGAAGCAUAGGAAAUGCACUUAAUCAUCCUAUUGCUUUACCUUUCAAUGCCUUCUUGAAUGGAGCUCUUCACUUUCGUAAUUAUCUUCCUAGAGUUGGUGAGUUCAUACAUUCUUUUCACUUUGAUACUGAGCAGUUUGGGACAGUUCCACCGCCCGAUCAUUUUCUAGAAUUAGAUAAUUUUGAUGCGGAGUGUACAACGAGUGGUGUGCUUGGAGACUGGCUGUUUAUAACUUACUUUUCGAAUUACCGGCAAAUUGACAUUUGGGUUAUGAAGGAAUAUGGUGUGAAGGAGUCGUGGACCAAACAGUUUGUUAUUCGAGAUAUAUUUCCAUAUGGCUCGGGUUAUUAUGAACCAAUGGUUGUUUUAAGAAAUGGAGAAAUAUUCUUGUUGCUCAAUACUCAGACUAUAGUUUGUUACAGCCAGAAGAGGAAACAAAUUGGAGGAACUAAAUUCUUCAAGAUUCGCUCACUGUUGGAUGCAAUUGCUUAUACUCCAUGCUUUGUUUCUCUCUACAAUGUUGCAAAAGGAGAGCAGGUCUCCAGGAUGCGGAGCACCGGAGUCUAUGACAAGAUCUGUAAAGAUGAGUUCCUCUGGCUGUAGUUUUCCUUUUUUCUGGGGUUUCCCAUGGAGCUGUGAAUGACCGUGUGAGUUUUAUUGUUUUCUUGAGUUUAUACAUACGAGUCUCCCAUUCAAUAUGCAUUUGUCUGUUAUUUAAUGAUACCUGAACAGUAAACUUUUCAAGCAUAUCUAGACGCAGGAAGCUCGGAGAUCUGAUGCACAGCUUGUCAUGUAAUUGGUAACCAAGUUGUUCUCCGAAAUCAUUGAUGUCUAACCGUCUAAGUCUAUGAAGUUGAAAAUGCUAAUGAAUUAUGAACCUUUAUUUAUGAUGUAGCAAUUAAAUUCAUGGAAAUUAUAUUGAGUUCCAAGACUGAACUUUAUGUAUCAAUUCAGACGCUGCUGCUUUUGUUUCUUGUAAUGAGUUAAUUUAAUGUUGAAGCA